AUGAAUAUAUUAAAACAAAUAUCAGGUUUGAUGCCUUUGAUGGCCUUAAAUACACAACAUAAUUUUCAACAAGUCCGCAACAAAUGGGUAAAUCGUUGGAUGAUCAGAGAUGUAAAAAGAAGAAAGUUAACGACUGAAUUGGCCCCAACUAGAUUACGAAUAAAUUCUCUUAGAAAGAACGACAUACUUCCACCAGAAUUGAGAGAAUUAGCAGAUGGAGAAAUAGCUGCCUUACCUAGAGAUUCUGCCUUGGUAAGGACUAAAAAGAGAUGCGUCAUAACAUCUAGACCAAGAGGAACAGUGUAUCGAUGGAGAUUUAGUAGAAUUAUUUUUAGACAUUUAGCGGAUUAUAAUAAGUUAUCUGGUGUACAAAGAGCUAUGUGGUAA